UAGAAGAAAUUCUUAGCUUUGUGAACUGAACAUGUCCGGCAGAGGCAAACAAGGCGGCAAGACCCGGGCUAAGGCCAAGACUCGCUCAUCCCGGGCCGGUCUCCAGUUCCCAGUCGGUCGCGUUCACCGUCUGCUGAGGAAAGGAAACUAUGCUGAGCGAGUGGGAGCCGGUGCCCCGGUCUAUCUGGCCGCGGUGCUGGAGUAUCUGACGGCUGAGAUCCUGGAGCUCGCCGGAAACGCCGCCCGCGACAACAAGAAGACCCGCAUCAUCCCCCGCCACCUGCAGCUGGCUGUGCGCAACGACGAAGAGCUCAACAAGCUGCUCGGUGGGGUGACCAUCGCCCAGGGAGGCGUCCUGCCCAACAUCCAGGCCGUGCUGCUGCCCAAGAAGACCGAGAGCCACAAACCGGCCAAGAGCAAGUAA